CGUCAUGAUGAGCCUUUGCAUGAGCUGAAACUUUUUAGCUCGAUAGAUGUUUACAAGCAUCAAGCUGCAGAAUUGCUUGUCUAGACAUAAUCUGUAAUAAUGGCAAAGGACAAGGACCUCGCUGCGGAAGCCACUUUAGAGCAGCUCGUCGCGCUCGUAAAAGCAGCCCAAAAUAGAAAGCAUGUUGGGAAAACCGGUUCAUGGCUAGAAUUUCUAAAGACAAGAAAGCAGACGGGCGGCACGGACCCGAAACGACACAAGCGAGAGGUGCUGGAGGCGUUCGUGGCGGACCUGGUGGAUGCGGAGGACGGCAGCGGCGCCAAGGAGGCUCAAGCUGCGGCACGCGAGUUCACAGACCGCUACCUGAAGUGGGCUAAGGACGUGCGCAAGGAUGCGGCGAAGGGGCGCGGCACGGUGCCGGAGCCACCGGCGGAGGCCGCCGCCGCCUCCACCUCCACCCCCACGUCGACGGGCGGCGUGUCGGUGUGGUCGCUGGUGAAGCGCACGCGGGCGCACCCCAAGUACGCAGCCAACUACGACUCCCUGCCCUCCUACACCCCGGGCUGGACGCGCGUGAAGAGGCCGGAGCUGUCCUGGUCCGUGCGGCCGCGCAUGUUCGCGCUGGACUGCGAGAUGUGCGCCACGGCCGACGACAAGUCGGCGCUGCUGGGCGUGUGUGUGGUGGACGAGUUCGGCGAGGUGGUGUACCGGCAGCUGGUGCGGCCGGAGGGGAAGAUUGUGGACCUGCGCACGCCGCUCACGGGCGUGAGCAAGGCUGACCUGGAGGGCGUGACCGCCACCGCCAAGGACGCGCAGCGGGCGGUUCGCAAGCUGCUGGAGGCGGACUCCAAGGGCGCGGGCGGGCGGCCGGCGGUGCUGGUGGGUCAUGCGCUUUACCACGACCUUCAGGCGCUCAAGCUGGACUAUUCCCCCGUCAUUGACACCUCCCUGCUGUUCGGCUUCAGGGGCCUGCCUGAGGCCACCCCCUCGCUGAAGGACCUGGCCAAGCUGCUGCUGCAGCUGCAGAUGCGCGAGGGCGGCGCGGGCGCGCACGACUCGCGCGAGGACGCGGCGGUGUCGAUGCGGCUUGUAAUGCGGGAGCUGCAGCUGGCGGCGCCCACGGGGCCGCUGGACGCGCCCGACGUGCGCGUGCCCGCCGCCGACCUGGCCAAGCUGUGUGUGCACUCGCUGCCGGAGGGCGUCACCGAGGACGACCUGAAGCGCGCCUUCACGGCGGUGGGCGGCCCGGCCUUCAGCGGGAUAGAGGGCAGCCUGGCGGACAAGAAGGUGCUGGUGGUGUUCAAGCACGCGGGCGAGGCCAACACCGCCUUCGCCAAGCUGCCGGGCAAACAGCGCAAGGACGUGCUGGGCCGCUUCUACAAGGAGGCGAGCAUACCCGCGGCCUCGUCACCGGCGGCCACGGAGGGCGCACAGCCCGCGGACGGCGCGGCGCCGGCUGCUGCUGCUGCUGCUGCUGCCGCUCCCCGCAGCUGCAAGGUGCGGAAGAUGGCCUGCCACAACGGCGCCGCGUUCGGGACGCAGAGCGGCAAGCGGGCGCGCGGAGAGGGCGGCGCCGAGGCGCCGGUCGCCAAGAAGAUCAAGACGGGCGCGGGCGCUGCCAAGGGCGGCAAGGCUGGCAAGGACGGCAAGGGCGGCAAGGAUGGGAAGGGCGGCAAGCGCGGGAGACCCGCCGGCGGGCCGAAGGGGCCCAGGCCCAAACCUGGUGCGAAGAAGGAUGGCGCGGCGGCGGCGGCGCCUGCAGCGAACGGCGGCGCGGCGGCGGCUGGCGCCAAUGGAAGCGCUGGGAAGGAGAGCAAGAAGAAGAAGUGGCUGCGGCGCAAGGCGGCGAAGUCGGCCUCUGGGGAGGCGGACCCAGUGAAGGAAGCGGGCAAGGCGGCCCCCGCGACGGCAGCAGCGGGGACAGCGGCGGCAGUGGGCGCCGCCGCGCCGGCGGCCAACGGGGACAAGAAGGACAAGAAAGACAAGAAGGACAAGAAGCGCGGGAGGGAGGCAGAGGAGAAGGCUGGCGGUGACGCCGGGGCUGGUCAGGCAAACAAGGCGGUGAAGGUGGAGGGCAAGAAGGACAAGGAGGACAAGGAGGGGAAGAAGGACAAGAAGGACAAGGAGGACAAGAAGGACAAGACGGAUAAGGUGCAGAAGGAGGGGAAGAGCGAGAAGGAGGGAGAGAAGAAGGACAAGAAGGCCAAGAAGGCCAAAAAGGAGUAGGAGGUGGCAGGCCGGCGGCGUUAGGGGAGGCAGGUCCUGACUCCUGAGGGCUGAGGGAGGUGGCGGCAUUGUGGGGGCAACAACGCUGGUGGUUUCAAGCUAUAGCUUGUUGACCUCGUAGGCUGCAGCUGGACAUGACCGUGCUGCUGGCAGAUUGGUUUUGGCAUGCCGUACAUCGGUACAUGUAGGCAGCGGAGCUGAUGUGAGCUAGAUGUGUGAUAUGGGGUAACUUAUUAGUUAGAUGCGUGUGCUGUCAACGUAAGUCAAAUGAGUGCGGAGGAACGCGAUGAGCUGGUGGUCCAUGGCAGACAAGGCUGACGAGGAGUGUAGUGGGAGCUGAUGAGAAGGCUGCGCAGUGCGCACUGGCACGAUGCUGUCAGGACACCGCAAGUCGCCUGAGGAACUUCCAGGCGCUGGAACUGCGCCUCAAUGCGGUACUUGGGACUGGGGCAGGAUGGAGUCUCGGAGUGCCGAACUCUAGGGGGUUGCCAGGGCUGAUGCAAGGAUGGCUGUAAAUCGG